AUGUUAGAAGGAUUAAUAUUUGAUAUUAUAUUUUUAUCAAUUUCAUUUGGAGUUUAUUUUAUUUAUCAUAUAUUUUUAAUGAUAACAGUUAAAAGGAAUCCAUUGAAUACGGUUAUUGGUAGAAAUCAUCAUUUUAGAAGGACAUGGGUUGAUAUAAUGAUAGAUGGUAAAAAGGAUAUUUUGGCAGUUCAAACAUUACGUAAUAUGGUAAUGUCAUCAACAUUGUUAGCAUCGACUUCGAUAACAUUGGUUGUAUUAAUUAUUAAUAUAUUGGUAUCACAAACAUUAACUUCUGUAUUGGACAAGAUUAGGAUCAUUGGAGCCCACAAUAAUGAUAUCCUAAUUUACAAAGCAUUCAUUUUAAUAGUGGUUUUCUUAUUUUCAUUUUUAAAUUUCGCUUCAUCAAUUCGAUAUGUCACUCAUUUGGCAUUCCUUUUAAAUGUGGCACCAACCUAUAAAGAUUGUACAAAAGAAUAUUGUUAUAAAACUUUACUAAAUGGUUCAAAUCAUUAUACAGUAGGUGUAAGAUCAUUUUAUUUCUCAAUGACUAUUAUACUUUGGUUUUUUGAUCCAUUGUUUUUAUUAUUGGGUACUUUAAUAAUAGUUUAUUGGUUAUAUAUUGGUGAUAUUAGUCAUUAUAUAAUCCCUUCAAAAGAAAAAGUAAAGAAAAGUAAAUCUAAAAAUUCAAAUUCAAAUAGUAAUUCAUUUGAUGAAGAAAGUAGAAUUGGUGAAUUAUCACCAAUAGAAUUAGAAAAAGUAAAAAAAUAA